UGGGUUAAAAUUUGACAUAUGGCAUUCAGAACAAUAAUAUUUAGAAACAUCUUAAGAAGAAAUGCACUUCUUCCUUUUUAUGGAUAUAGACAUAGGGCUGUGCCACAAAUCUUUAUUUCCAAAAUUAAGUACUCCAGUAAGCCAAAUGUGAGUACCAUUGUGAACAUCAAUAAAGAAUUGGACGAGAAAACACUGGAUAUUAAAGCACCAAAUGAAAAUAAAGAGAGUAAAUCCAGCUCGGGUAGCUUAUCUUCCAAAUACACAUUUAUGUUCCUUGGGAUAUCUGCCACAAUGAUUGGUUCAUACUUGGUGUUUGAAUUUGGGAAACCAGAAGUUGAUAGCAAUAGUAUAGUUAUAAAAGAUGAAUUUUCUGAUUUACCCACUUGGAAAGAAUAUUUAUAUCGCUCCCUUAAACAAUUUGACAAAUUUGCGACAUUAAUUAAGGAACCCUCAAGGGAAAAAUUGCUACCAGAUUCUUUUAAAUACCCUUAUUAUCAGCCACCUUAUACUUUGGUAAUAGAAUUUACUGAUGUUUUGGCUCAUCCUGACUGGACAUACAAAACUGGUUGGAGGUUUAAAAAAAGACCUGGGUUGGAUUAUUUAUUGGAAAAUCUUAUUGGUUUAUAUGAAAUAGUGGUGUUUACAGCUGAACCAGGCAUAACAAUAUUUCCUGUUAUUGAAGCAGUUGACCCUAAAAACCUUAUAUCUUAUAAACUAGUAAGGGAUUCCACUCACUUUGUUGAUGGACAUCAUGUCAAAAACCUCAACAGGUUAAACAGGGACUUAAGUAAAGUUAUUGUGGUGGAUUGGGAUGCAAAAUCAGUUAAAUUCCAUCCAGAAAAUCACCUCAAUGUUAAAAAAUGGGAUGGAGAUGAUGAUGAUACUCUUAUUGAUCUUACUUCUUUUUUGAAAACUAUUGCCCAAACUGAGAUUGAAGAUGUCAGAGAUGUUCUACGAUUUUAUAAGCAAUAUGAUGACCCUCUAAAAACAUUUAGAAAGAAGCAAAUGGAAUAUUUGGAUAUUCAAAAGCAAAAUGCUGAAAAAGAGAAGCAGCAAAGAGAAUCUAAACCUAGAGGAUUUUUCAAUAUAUUUUCCUAAUUGUUAGUUUUUUCAUUGAUAUAAAUU